CCUUGACCCGGUCCCGGAUAAAACGGAAGACAACGAGCACUAACAUAAUUAAACAGAGUUUGAUCCCUCCAACCCACAUAUAAAACUGCUGCUGCUGAUUGACAGCUCAGCUCAAGCUCCUGAAUGAUUUAAUUGUUUUUGAAUCUGACAACAGAUGCAAAAAAUCUGCCUCACAUGAUGCAGAAACACUAAAAACAUCCAUGUUUCCACAAACAAUUUUAUCUUGGAGUUGAAUUUAGAAACAGACUGUUAUCUGUUAUUGGGCUGCAGAUGCUAGGAAAACUGCUUUUAUUAACAACCUGAAGAUGGCGCUGUUGUUUAGAGUCAGUGGAGACAAGAUACAGAGAAGACGCAAUAGUGAUGAAUAUUAUUUAACUGCAGCUUAAAACCCAUCAGGUAAAGGCAGUCGGACAGAUACACAACCGUAUGUUAAAAGUUUCCAUCAUUUGGUCUGUUUUUCCUUGCUGUUCUACUCCAGUCCAGCAGGGGGCGGAAAACGGACCAAUCAGCUGCUUUGUCUCAGUGUGACGUCCAGCGGAAGUAAAACUAAAGGCUCCAGCAGCAGCUUGUUUGGACUCAGCUGGAAGACGGUUGUGUUUUCGUAUCUCAGCUGAAUAUUUCAGUAGUUUCAGUAACAAUGUCUUCAGUUCAGCAUCUGAGAGAGUUUAUCAGAGAGCGACUAACUGCUGCUGCUGAAGAAAUCUUCUCAGAGGUUGAGAAAACCAUCGUCCGCUACGAGGAGGACGUCAGACUGCUGGGAACCUGCUGGAAACCCCAGAUAAACACGACCAGAACCGACCUCCUAAAGCAGCAUGGUAGCAAUCAAGAGGAAGUUCUCAAUGAGCAGCAGAGGCCACCCAGUGUAAACCAGGAAGAACCAGAACCCUUAAAUCUUAAAGUUAACCAGGAGGUGCUGGAACAUCGACAGAUUAAAGAGGAGCCAGAACCGCUACGCGUUAAAGAAGAAGAGGAGGAACUCUGUCUGGAGGUAGAGGAGUUUGUCUUGAAGGAGGAAACUCUUACCUUCAUGGAGACUCCCACUUAUCAAGAAAUAGACUUUGGUGAAGCAGGACCGAGCAGUGAGCAGCUUUACUCUCAGGAUUCUGAUGAUCAGAACCGAGAUCAGGAAGAAAGCUACUCUCCUGUGUCAGAGAGUCGGUCCGAUUCUGUCACAGAUGCUUGUGUAACCUGUGAUGUUUGUUUAAAAGGUUUUAAAUGUAAGUAUAGUUUAUACCGUCAUCAGAGAAUUCACUCAGGUGUGAAGGCUCACACGUGUUCCAUAUGUUUCAAAAGGUUCACUCAAGGUUCUCAUUUAAGAGCCCACAUGAGAACCCACACAGGUGAGAGGCCUUUCUCCUGUGAGACGUGUGGGAAAAGCUACACACAAGUCGGUGGUUUAAAUGCCCACAUGAGAACCCACACGGGCGAGAGGCCUUAUUCAUGUGAGAUAUGUGGGAAAAGUUUCAUCAGUUGUGCUAAUCUGAUUUGUCACAGGGGAACCCACACAGGUGAACGGGCAUUUUCAUGUGAAACAUGUGGAAAAAGCUUCAUUCAGAAGCGAAGUUUAAACGCCCACAUGAGGAUUCACACAGGUGAGGGGCGAUGUUCGUGCGAAACGUGUGGGAAAAGUUUCUCAGACAGGUGGUUUCUGAAUGCCCACAUGAGAAUCCACACAGGUGAGAAGCUGUAUUCCUGUAAGACCUGUGGAAAAAGUUUCUCCAAGAACUCGACGUUAAAAGUCCACAUGAUCACACACACAGGCGAGAGGCCGUAUCUAUGCGACAUGUGUGGGAAGGCUUGUAUUAGUAGAAGUUAUUUGAAAGUUCACAUGAGAACCCACACAGGGGAGAGGCCGUUUACAUGUGGGAAAUGUGGAAAAAGUUUCAUUCAAAGUGGAAAUUUAAACGUUCACAUGAGAAGUCACACAGAUGAAAGAGUUGAUGGAUCAGCUCUGAGUUCAGGGUUUGAGAUGUUUCUCUCCCAGAUGAAGACCACAGACGUUCUGAAUCAACAUGUUUGGAAGAAAGAAGAGGAGGAUCUUUCUGAGCAGCAGCUCUGGAACCUGAAGAGGAACUCUGCUCUGGACCAGGGGGAACUCAAAUACCCUCGUAUAAAAGAGGAACCGGUGGAACCACAACCUUCACACACUACAGAGGAACCAGAGCUUACACGUAUUAAAGAGGAACCAGAACCUACGGGGUAUGAAGCAGAUCAGGGACAACUGGAACGUACACAGAUUAAAGAGGAACUACAACAGUCACCCAGCCAGGAUGAACAGGAGGAACCAGAACCUUCACUGAUUAAAGAGGAACAGGAGGAACCAGAACCUUCACUGAUUAAAGAGGAACAGGAGGAACCAGAACCUUCACUGAUUAAAGAGGAACAGGAGGAACCAGAACCUUCACUGAUUAAAGAGGAACAGGAGGAACCAGAACCUUCACUGAUUAAAGAGGAACAGGAGGAACCAGAACCUUCACUGAUUAAAGAGGAACAGGAGGAACCAGAACCUUCACACAUUGUGGAGGAACAGAAUAACUUAGAACUUUUAUGCAUUAAGGAGGAACUGGAGCUUUCAAAUAUUACAAAGGAACCGGGGGAACCAGAAUCUGCAGGUUUAGGAACAGAUCAAGAGGAAGUAGAACAUCUACUUAUUAAAGAAGAACAUGGACAACUAGAACUUUCAGACAUUAAGGAGGAACAGGGUGUAGUAGAACCUUCAUGUAUUAAAAAGGAACACACGGAACCAGAACCUGAAGGAAUUGUAGCAGAACAGGAGGAACCAGAACCUGAAGGAAUUGUAGCAGUCUGUGGAGAACCAGAACAUUCACAGUUUGAAGACGAGCACGAAGAACCUCAGCUGCUGUCCUUCCUGAUCCACAGCAGUCAGCAGAUACAGCAGCUGUUAGUGAACCACUCAACUGAUGCCUUCAUGGACUCCUGGUCUUCUCAGAAAAGUAGCUUCAGAGAUUCAGAACCGAACAUUGAUCAUCUUUACUGCCAAUCUGGUGCUGAAGCUCAGGUCCAAAGACAGGAAGGAACCAGCUGUCCUGUGUCUGAGAGUCCGGCCCAGCCUGACCCGGAUACGCCUGUAAAGUGUGACGUCUGUGGAAAAGUCUUUAAAUACGAGCACAGUUUGGUCGAGCAUCAGGGAAUCCACUCAGGCGUGAAGCCGUAUGCUUGCAACACGUGUGGAAAAAGCUUCACGCAGCCCAGCGGCUUAAAGGUCCACAUGAGAAUCCACACAGGUGAGAGGCCGUUCACCUGUGAGACGUGUGGGAAAAGCUUCAGGUAUAGCAGCCAUUUCCACGUUCACCGGAGAACACACACGGGCGAAAACUCGUUUUCAUGCAAGACCUGCGGAAAGGUCUUCACCCGGAUCCGCAGUUUAAACGUCCACAUGAGGUUCCACACGGGCGACUGGCCGUUUUCAUGUGAGACCUGCGGGAAAGGGUUCAGUAACCGCUUCCAGCUGGACGUUCACAGGAGAACCCACGCUGGCGACUGGCCGUUUUUCUGUGAAACGUGUGGAAAAGGCUUCUGUAGAAGUUUUAGUCUAAAGGUUCACAGACAAACCCACACGGCAGAGAGGCCGUUCAAGUGUGAGACGUGUGGGAAAAGCUUCCGCGAUCCGUCCUAUUUAAAUGUUCAUAAGAGAACCCACACAGGGGAGAAAUACUCCUGUACAACGUGUGGGAAAAACUUCACCCAGCUUGGUAGUUUAAACGUUCACAUGAGAACCCACACAGGAGAGAGGCCGUAUUUAUGCGUCACGUGUGGAAAAGGUUUCACCAACAGCAGCCAGCUGAGUCUUCACACCAGAACUCACACAGGCGAGAAGCCCUUCUCCUGUGAAACAUGCGGGCAGAGUUUUUCCAGGAACAGCAGCUUGGUCGUUCACAUGAGAACCCACACAGGGGAGAGGCCUUUUCAGUGCAGAACAUGCGGUAAAAAUUUCACUCAGUACGGCGUUCUGCAAAUUCAUGUGAGGACCCACACUGGAGAGAAGCCGUUUUCUUGUUCAGCGUGUGGAAAACGUUUUAAUCAGAGCGGCAGUCUGAUGAAACACAUGCAGGUUCACACACACAGGAAGGUUCCUCCUUCCUGAACGGAUGGAAAGUGGAUCUAACCGUGGAAGGGAAUGUUUUUACCCUUUUAACCGCUGGGUUUUGUUGGAGGUUUAUCUUUCACACGUUGUUUGGAAAAACAGCUCGGAGCUGGAGGGUAGAUGUUUCUGGUUGCAUCCACUAACUUCUCUGCUGGGUUUCCAUCAAACUGCUUCGUUAAACAUGGUUUGACCUGUCAGGAUUACUGGUUCUGUGAGACACCGGGAAAUGUUUCAGCUGGAAGAAGAGCAUGUAAGAGCAAAACGGGACCGGUUGCUAUUUCUCUAGAUUUUAGCUAAAUGUAGUUAUCUAUUUCUGCCAGCAGGUGGCAUAGCCAUAAGACACUUCAAUAAAUCAAUUACUACACUAGACUUAAGUUAUUAUUCCAUAAAAUGUUCACCAUGUGAAUCCCUGAAUAAACUUCAGUUCAUCAGCUCAGCGUUCCUUCUUUGUAUCUUGAGUGAACCUCGGUUCCUCGGCAGAGAACUGGAUCUCCAGCCAUGGUUCUUAUAAUGAGACGGUGGGUCGUACAUCUCCAGAUAUUUCCUUCAACCUCAAAAUGAAUCUUCCCUUCUUCAUUCUGAACUUUUCCAGCAGACAGUACAAUACAACCAUAGAAGAAGAACUACCAAAGCAGCGCAGAAGAAGAACAGCUACGGGAGCUGAGCUGUAUUGGCAUUUUUGUUUGAUGCUCCUGAAUAGAACCGGUUCAGAAAGGAUUCCUGGCCCGGUUCCGACCCGGCUCUAGAUUGUCCUUGACCAGCUAACGUAGGGCUCUGGGAUUUCAUAGACCCUGAGUGCUUCAAUAGGAGCAACUGGACUUCCUGAGAACCAAAGGAGCCUAUUGGAUGAGAGGUGAAACCGAACCUCUAUGAAGAAAGAAAGUCCAUUUGGGUUUCUAUUAAAGGAUUUAGGAUUCUCCUGUUCUGGAUGGCUGAUAAUCUAGACCAAGAUAGCUUCAGAGUUACAGAAUCAACAUCAGAAUAAUCUCCAAAAUAUUGUGGAAUUUCUGAAUUUAUUCGAACAAAUAAUGAACUUUCCAGAACAAUCCAAAUGAUUUCUGUGUGGGAACAAACUGAUUCCCCGGCAGAAACUCCUGCUGGGAGGAAAAAACCCAAACUGGAGCAGCAUCCGGAACAUCCUUAUUGGUGGAUCCGUUUGAUGGGACAGAACCGUAAAGCAUGUAAAACUGAUGCAGUGUUGGAUUUAAAUCAAGAGUUUUACAGAAAACGACACUUUCUUUACUCAGAUUUAAACCCAUGCGUCACUUUUCUCUCUUACAAGGAAGAAAUUUCAUCAAAUCUGUGAUGGACUCUUUAAAACACAUUGAUUUUACAAAUACAGUUUUUCCAGAAACAUUUGGCCUCAUUUUCUAUUAAACUGUUGAAAUGUCUCUGGUUCAGAUCAGGAGGUGUUGAAACAUUUCAGUUCAGGAAUAUAAACCGGGUCAGGAAUAGAAUUUUGGACAGAAAUAAACAGGAAUAUAGAAAAUGGUUCUAUUGGACCCUACUGUUGAUCAGAAGGGUCCAGCUAACAAACAUACUAGUUACUCCUUAAUUAAAUAAAUGUUUUUUUGACACGAGAAAAGAAAGAAAAUCUUAAACAGAUUCUAGUUUUCAGUCGGAUCAGAACAACGUUUUAUAUUCAGAAAUAUAAUUAAAAUGAUAAAAUGUUGGUUUCUGCCAUCAUGUUCUGCAGUGUAGCUCCAUUUAAGAGCUGCCUGUCUGAAACACCUGAAAAUGCUGCAGAAACGGGUUUUGCAUCUUUAUGUGAUUGGAUCAUUUAAGCCGAUCCUCAUGGGCCGAUGUUCUGAAACCUUCUGGGCCGAUGUUCUGAAACCUUCUGGCCCAACACACUGGUGGAAAUUCUUUCUCUGUAGUCUGGUUCUAGAGAGUCCUGCUAAUGACCCAGUUAAUUGAUCCAGGUGUGCUGAAGCAGAGCUACUUGUGGACCAGAGUUUGGGUCCCCUGAGUCAGAGGAUUGUUGUCUAGUUAAAAGAAAGUUAUUAUUAUUAUUAUUUCAUUUUGAUGCCAAAGAUGUUCUGUUGAGCCCUGAAGGUGAGUUUAAAUGUGUCCUUCAUAUUUUUUAAGCUAUGUAAAUGUGUUAGCUUAUGGUAAACAACUCACUUUACUUUGAUUAGACCGUCGUAAUGAUCUUUCUAUCUGUAAAUAAAACCUUUAUUACACGUUC